ACUUGUAAUCUUUGUCAGUUUAUUAUUUAAAAAAAAAAAAAAAAAAAACACUGAUUUUGUGGCCAGAAUCGAAAAACAAAAAUGAAAUGGCAAGAAUGACCCUCUCCAACCCAAAAACAGAGACCACGAAAUGGAUGGGAUUUCUUAUCCUCAAAACCUUCGUCUUUCCCUUUCUCAUCCAGAUUUCACACUACCCCACCAGUGAAAUCUCACUCUCUUCCUAACUUCCCAACCGCAAAUCCUCCAGAACACCCUUCACCACCACACUCACCUCCCACACUUCCAUGGAAGCUCUUUUCGUAAACCAAUCUCUCUCCCGCCUCAAGCUCUCCCCUAACUUCACCACCUCUUCAUUCCCUUCCCAAUCUUAUCGUCUCAAACCCACUCAAAAAGCCCACCCAACUCCAACACCAAUCUGCGUUAUCCAAAACCCAGAAAAACAAUCCCAAGCACCAACACUCUCCGGCAACCAAAAAAGGGGCAAUGAAGACGACGAAUACUACGGCGAAGUCGACAAGAUCAUCGGCAGCAGAGCAGCGGAGGGCAAAACCGGAAUGGAAUACCUUAUCGAGUGGAAAGACGGUCAUACCCCUUCGUGGGUCUCAUCCGAUUACAUAGCCAAAGACGUGGUCGCCGAGUACGAAACCCCAUGGUGGACAGCCGCCAAAAAAGCCGACCACAACGCCCUCAAGCGGCUUAUCGAAGCUGACGACGGCCGAGACAUCGACGCUGUCGACUCCGACGGUCGGACCGCUCUCCUCUUCGUCUCCGGGCUGGGCUCGGAGGAAUGCGUCAGGGUCCUAGCCGAGGCUGGAGCCGACCUCGACCACCGCAACAACAGCGGCGGCUUGACGGCUCUUCACAUGGCGGCUGGGUAUGUCAAACCCGGCGUGGCUAAGCUGCUGAUGGAGCUCGGCGCCGAUCCCGAGGUGCAAGACGACAGGGGUCGUACGCCAUUGGAUUUAGCGAAAGAGAUACUGAAAGUGACUCCCAAAGGAAAUCCGAUGCAAUUUGCGAGAAGAUUGGGGCUUGAAAGUGUGAUUAGGGCUCUUGAAGAGGCAGUGUUCGAGUACGCAGAGGUGCAGGAAUUGCUGGAGAAGAGAGGCAAAGGUGAUAACCUUGAAUAUCUGGUCAAAUGGAAGGACGGCGAUGAUAAUACGUGGGUCAAAGCCAGGUUUAUCGGGGAGGAUUUGAUCAAGGAUUAUGAGGCUGGUCUGGAAUAUGCAGUUGCUGAGGGAGUUUUGGGGAAGAGACUUGGAGAUGAUGGAAAAAAUGAGUACUUGGUUAAAUGGACGGAUAUUGAUGAUGCCACGUGGGAACCUGAGGAGAAUGUUGAUCCUGAUUUGAUUAAGGCAUUUGAGUCGGACCAAGAUGGUAAUCGGAUCGGUAAUAUGGAGACCCAGUUAAAUAAGGAUGGUCCAUGAUUAAAUUGUUUCUUUUUUUUGGUUCUCUUGUAUAUCGAUUAUUCACAUGAAAAUGGAUAAGAGGCACAGUUGCCUGAUUAAUUGAAUUAUGAGAUUGGCCUAGAAAAUAUUAAUUGGAAA